CCGAUAAAAUUCCAUUUUCCAUAGGUUUGACGCACUUGUGAAAAGCCUUAAUUUGAUUGUAUCCGUCAUCACCAUUGCAACGUUUUGACGACAAAUCAUCGCCUGCUUUUGGUUCGGGGUUUUGUGAUCAUUCCCUGCCUUGUUUUCCUUUCUCCCUCGUUUCGUGCACAUUUCUUCGCGCCCGUCGAUUGAUUAUUUAACACCAAAUGGACGGUGUGCGAUUUGUUAAACCGCUAAUGGUAGGACAAUUUCGGAACACUUAUAAAAUUCACCUGCCCCAGCAUGCUCUGAAGUCAGUUGGAAAAUGGCCUUCGUGUGCUGAAGGCUACUAACUAGCUACCGUUUUAAUAGCAAAGGUCUCUAUUCAAAAUUCAAACCCAGCUCUUGUCCAUGUUUUUGGGGAUGGCUUACCGGGCAAGUGCUUUACCCUUGGUGUUAAGCAAGUGGAGUACCAUCGUGUGUCUGCUGCUUUCGGUUGUGUUCGGCAGUGUGCAGUGUUUCGAACAUUUAUCACCCGUUAACGAUUUGCUGUUACCCGAGUUUGACUACGAUCAUGAGUAUCGGCACGAUAUCGAACGUGAUCUUCUACCGCUCGAUGAAAGAUCGUACUUUUAUCAUGGCGAACCGGACGAGCACGUGUUUCACACCGAUUACAAUCUAGCCAACCUGCGUCCAAUUUCACCGACGCCCGCAUUCACUCUGGAUCCUUCAUACAUUUCCCCGGAAGAAGUUAUACCGGCGCGAGCCAAACGUGCCAACCGCCUAAGAAGGAAGCCAUCGAAACAACGCAAACGGGAACAGGAAAAGGAACUCCUAUCCGAGGAACACGACGAUGAAGAUGAUGAGGAGGAGAAGAAUGAAAAGCCAAACUUGGGCGAAGGGUACGACGAUACGGAAGAUUAUGCCGAACGGUACGAACAGUUUAUCGCGAAACACUUUGACGAUUUGGACAGCAAGCGCAAAAAGUCGGCCCCACAGCGUAAGGCACCGAGUGCAAGGAAACCCUCCAAAAAGCCUGCUGCCAGCGAUGAGGAGGACGACGAGGACGGUGAUUACAAGUUCGAUCGGUUCGACUAUUCCUCCUCGGAGGAUUACGAGCGCAUAAAGGCGGAAUCCGAGGAGCAAAGUAGACGCUUGGCGAAGGAUCCCAAAAACUGUCGAACGUACGAGAAGGACGGUAUGGUGUGUAGCGUCUGUCACGAUCCGGCCAGUGACAGUGCGUCGGAAAGUUGUGCCUACGCAACCGAACCACACCACCGGAAGUAUGCGUACGUUAAGGAGCGUAACUACGACAGCAAAAAGGAUGACCCGAAGAACCAGGCAAAGGCGACCGAGCCGGAAGGUGCGGACGACGACGAAGAGGAUGAAGCAGAAGGGGGACACACGAGUGCCGAAACACGCCCGGAACGGCAAACGGAUGUUCUUGCCACUUUACAUCCCACACUAACGCCGAGACGAAUUCCAACACGUCCACUGCGUAAACCAACGCUCCGCACGAAACCUCACCAAUCGGCCACGAAUGGUGGUGGGUAUCGGUACCAACCGACGGAUCUUCGUUCGAACCGUGCCAGCAUGAAGCUGAAGGUAGCGGACAGCGAAACCCUCCCGGUGAAGGAGGAUGACGGUAACAUUUACGUGAUGGAUUACGCCGACCAGGACGAGGUGGCGAAAGUGCUGGCAGACUUCAAGGCACGCGAUUGGUCCAACUGCCGCAAAGGUAAGCGGAUGGAGGACGGCGAACUGACCUGCUACCAGUGCACGGAUGCGGCCGGUGUUAAUCACGAGGAGUGUAUGUACGUUUCAGAGUCUCGCCUGGUCGCGUCCGAGCCCGUCCGGCCACCGCCCUCGAUGGUGGGCAAGCUGCGCAAGCGGAAGAAGGUUGUCGCCCUGACACGGAAAGAACUGACGGCACUGGACCCACCGGCAGCAAGUGCCAGCGGUGCGCCACCGAAGGAAAAACAAACCGUUAAACGGACGGUUUCGUUCCGCAGCUUCGUUACCGGUUCCGGGCGUGGUCAAACAAAGUCAACGCCCGUAUCCAUUAGUUCGGAUGGAGAUGAAAGGGUGAUUCACUACGAGCAUCACAUUUCCCACGAAGUCCCGUAAGGGGAUCGAGGUACUGGUGGGGGCUAACAGGCAAAUGUUCCAAUCAUGACAAAUAAAGCUAGUAAUGCAGUAGUCGAUUUUCUUUCUAGUACCGUCAUGUAACGUCAUGUCAGGCCAGUGUUCAGAGUUCAGGAACUUCUUAAUACCUUUGCACGCAGGGAUAUGAAUCAGUCUGAAAAAAAUGUGUAAAAGAAAUUGGAUUAAUUAUUAAUAGUACGAAAAGUGCCUAAAUACAUAACCAUUAAAAAGAGAGUUUAGUAUGAGAUUUCUCAUUGCAAGAAGUGACUAAUGUCUGGAGCUACACUCAAUGCAUCGGAAAAAAUUGGAAUUUACGUAACAAUUAUUGACAAAAAAAUAUGGUGUAGUAGGAUUUCCUGAAAGAUGUGUCGAAAUGCUUAUAGAAUUCAUUGGAAAUCCGGAAGACGAGUAUGAGGUACGAAUAAAGCCUCUCCAGAUAUUCCACUUGUCUUAUUCGUAAAGUAUAGCAUGGUUAGUAAUGGCAAUAGACAUCAAUUCGCGAUCAGACGGGAAUAGCCUGACGUGCUACUUCAGGCUUUUACUUACUUAGAUGCCGAUAAUGUGGUCAAGUUGAGAUUCUUGAGAACUACAACGUAUGGUUGGCUGCAAGAUUUAUAUUCUACACAGCAAAAGACAUCAGUUGUUAGGAGUACACCGAGAUCAGUCUGACCCAGGACAUAGCUGAGGAGUAGUAGUAAAGUUCUUCGUCGUUCUGUCGGACAUCUAGAUCAGGUCUUGGACAUGUUUAGUAGAAAAGUUAAAUAGGUUUGGGUUAUUGCGUUUCCUCGAUCAACCGCAACUAUACACAUCAAAUCUCAUUAUUAUGUUUGUUGGUACACAAGAAAUAUAACGACUCUAGUGAAAUAGCUUAUGAAGUGUUCCUCUAUUGUAAUGUUUAGAUGAAGUGUAA